CGUCACAAUCUCGCGAGAACACAUUUAUCUCCCGUUUGAGACAAAAUGGCGCCUGAGUGGCCAGAGGAAGUGGAUGUCUUUACGGUUCCCCACUCACGCAUGAAACAACUGGUUCACAAGUAUUUAGAUAUGAUGACAUCAACCAAUUUCUCUGAUGUUGCUCACUUGCGCACCUUACUGGAGAACCUGUGUAACACAUUCCGGGAAUUCCGUGCACACGAGCACAUCGAGAACAAAUAUAUCAUGCAUAAACUAAAGGUGAAACUGAGAUCCCUAUCCAUCACCAACAAAGCAGUCUGCAACUGCCAUUCAGAUAACCAGUUGUCAGAAAUGCUGAGAUUGGUGUAUGCAGGCUACACUUGGACCAGCAAGACAGCUAGUGAAAGGCUCAACUAUGGCUUGCAACUGCGGAAGGCCCUGGAAGAUUUCACAAAACAGUUUCUGCCCCAUAUGGAAGAGGAGGAGGAGGUGUUUCAGCCAAUGCUUAUCAAGUAUUUCACAUAUGAAGAGCUGAAGGAGAUCAAAGCCAAUGUGAUCAAGCAGCAUCUGGCACAACACUGGUCCCCCGACAGUCACAAGGAGAAGUGUGUGGAGGACGCCCUGUCUAGUGAGUCAUCUGAUGAAGAGACAGAUGCAUGUGCACCAGUGGCCAGUUGUCAGAGUCUUCCUGAUGAGAUCCUACUAUGUGUAAUGUCUCUCCUGUCUCCACAAGACCUGGCCAGAUGUGCCCAGGUGUGUCAACGCUGGAACAAGAUGGCCCUGGAUUCCUCACUCUGGUCUCACCUGUACCCCAUGCAGUGGGCUCAAGGUGAGUGGAGCAGCCUCCCACCCUCAUAUGUUGGGGAAGAAGGUGAAGUGACUCACUCUCCCAAGAGUUUCAUCAUUGAUGAGGAUGCUGAUGUGGAUGAAUCGGAGAGUCUUGAGGAUGAGAAUGAUGAAGAUAAUGAAAACAAACACUACAAACAGGCUUACAAGGAGUGGAAGAUGCUGACCGGGCUGACGAAUGGUCUGCUGCAUCAUGUCGGGGACAGCGUCACACACUGUUCACUUGCGUAUAGCAAGGGCCUCACCAACAACCUGCUGCGGCAGCUGUUGAUGAGAUGUGGGAAGCUGCAGUACCUGGACCUGUCCUACACCCCCAUCUCGGACGCAGCAUUCAAAGGCCUCUCUGAAGGGUGCUGUUCCCAGCUGAGACACUUGGACUUGACAGGAUGUGUGAACAUUACGGACAUCUCCCUCCAGCGACUGUCCCAGGCAAUGACCUGCCCCCACACAGGCAGACAGCACAACCCUGUUUCAUGUGACACGUUUGACAUUCAGCAUCUCUCACAACAUACACAAGUACCAACUGGAACGCUGCCUUAUUCUGAGAUGAGGAAGUGGCUUAUCUGUGAUGCAGUGCUAGGAGAUUUGUUUGAGCGUAGUCAAAAGUGUUCUUCAGAAACUUGCUGUGGUACAGAGAAACCAAAGACAUUUGAGCAAAAUCUGAAGUCUGUCCAAGUUUCACAGGCCACUCUCACUCAUUGCAGUAGCUCUGACAUCAGACAAUUAGUAAAUCAAGUCAGACAGCAUUUUGUUUGUAACAAAAGCCUGACCAGCAGUGUUUGCGAGCAGUGUGAGAACAGAACUGGCCUAGAGUACCUGAGUUUGUCGGGCUGCUACCAGAUCACGGACGUUGGCCUCAGAGCAUUGUCUGAAGAGAAGUGUGUGCGGUCACUUGCUUUCCUGGAUUUAUCGGGAUGUGUUGGCAUUCGUGCUCGUGGCCUGUCAGACAUGGUGAGUGCAUGUCAGCACCUGGAUCAUGCACAGCUCUUCUACUGUGACAAUAUCGCUGAUGACCCGUUUGCCAAGUCAGCCAGUGGAUGCCAGAAUCUGGGAUGUUCUUCUCGCUUCUGCUGCCGUCUGGGUUAUUAAAGAUGAUGUUUUGUGUCGUCAUUAUGGCUGGAGCUCACAACAGUGAUGACAAACAACAGCAGCAGCAGCAGCACAUCAAGUGCUGGAAAAUAAUCACCAACAGACCCGUCACGAGAAUGGAUUGUGUAACUAUUGAUCAACAACUCUUCACAAUUUGUACCUGGGCAAAUUACUGAUACCAGUUAUAAUGCUUAAUAAUACAAAAUUAAUAUGAUUGUACAAAUGUUACAUAGAGCACAAGUGCCAGUGGUAAAUUUCUUUGGCUUGACCAACUGAUGUCACAGUUUUCAUGUGGACAUACACACACAGACACAGAGCCUUGUAGUUUGUGUACACACUACCCCAGACUGUAGCUUACAAAUUAUGCAUCAAUGAGCAUAUUGGACAUUGUAUGAACUUGAUGAAUAUGAUGGAAAGCUCAGAUAUUCAGGAAGCUCAGCCGUCACUAUGAAGGUUCACCAUGCUCCUGUAGUCAUACACAACGUGUACAAACUGGAAAACUUUAAUAAUUACAUGCUUCAAAUCAUUUACCUUACUAGCCAUUAGAGUCUGGCCAUGAUAUACUACACCGCACAUGGUCAGUGGCCAUGAUAUACUUCACUGCACAUGGUCAGUGGCCAUGAUAUACUACACUGCACAUGGUCAGUGUUUGGCCAUGACAGACUACACUAUACGCAGUCAGUGGCAGUGAUAUACUACACCACACAUUGUCAGUUGUGUGGCCAUGAUACACUAUACCAUAUAUGGUCAGUGUGUGGCCAUGACACACUAUACCAUAUAUGGUCAGUGUGUGGCCAUGACAGACUAUACCAUAUAUGGUCAGUGUCUGGCCAUGACAGACUACAUGAGACAUGGUCAGUGUUUGGCCAUGACAGACUACACUAUACGCAGUCAGUGGCAGUGAUAUACUACACCACACAUUGUCAGUGUGUGGCCAUGAUACACUAUACCAUAUAUGGUCAGUGUCUGGCCAUGAUAGACUACACCAUAUAUGGUCAGUGUGUGGCCAUGAUAGACUACACCAUAUAUGGUCAGUGUGUGGCCAUGAUACACUAUACCAUAUAUGGUCAGUGUCUGGCCAUGAUAGACUACACCAUAUAUGGUCAGUAUGUGGCCAUGAUACACUAUACCAUAUAUGGUCAGUGUCUGGCCAUGAUAGACUACACCAUAUAUGGUCAGUGUUUGGCCAUGACAGACUACACUAUACGCAGUCAGUGGCAUUGAUAUACUACACUGCACAUGGUCAGUGUCUGGCCAUGAUACACUAUACCAUAUAUGGUCAGUGUGUGGCCAUGAUACACUAUACCAUAUAUGGUCAGUGUCUGGCCAUGAUAGACUACACCAUAUAUGGUCAGUAUGUGGCCAUGAUACACUAUACCAUAUAUGGUCAGUGUCUGGCCAUGAUAGACUACACCAUAUAUGGUCAGUGUGUGGCCAUGAUAGACUACACCAUAUAUGGUCAGUGUCUGGCCAUGAUAUACUACACCAUAUAUGGUCAGUGUUUGGCCAUGAAUAACUACACUAUUUUAGAAAUUUAGAAAACUUGCCUCACAAUCAAUAAUGGGUGGUAACAGCUAACUGCAGCAUUGUUUACUGGAAGUAUAUCAAUUACGAUAGCAAAGUCUAGGAUAAAAGAAACAAAGGAUGAAUAGUAUAUGACGUUUUUCAUAAAAUAUAUUAUGUACACGAACCUAUGGUGAGUACAUCUCAUUUGCAUACUAUAGCUUGCAUCAGAAACAUACAUUUUGACUUUGAUGAAAUAUCAAGGGGUAAAAAUGACACGAUUUGCUCUUCUGUAAACUCCUCUAUUUCAGAUGAGUUUACAGAAAGUGUUAAAAACAAACGUUGGGAAAAACGAUAGUCAUAGAAUAUUUAACAAUCAAACUUUAGUUGUGUUCAAAACUACGAAAUAAAUGACAAAACCCAUUUUAUUUCUCUUUCCCGGAGUAUUUUACAUGCCACUGAUAUGCUCCUGUACAUACGCUGUAUCUGUGAUAAAUGAUACGUUGUUUUGAUGACUGCUUCCAGUUUACAGUGCUCUCCUGAGGGAGGCACAUUAGUCAGAAGUUAGUAGAGGAUUCAGGAGUCCAAAAUAAUACACCUUCUCUUUGUUUAGCCAGGAAUUAAUCCUCUGUCCAUCCAUAUAUUCCAUUUAACAUUUUGUAGUUUCCACAUCUCUCAAAAUAUUUGUGAUUUUCCCCAAGUAUAAUGUUUGUUAUAUAAGGUUGUAUAGAGAUUUCUGUUCACACACUCACUGACAACACUUGUUUUAAUAAGCUGAAAUGUUUAUCCAAGCAAAUGUUAUUGGGUCUGACCCUGCAAAGUGCUUACCGAAUUUCAAAUAUUGCCAGCAUGGUAGCCAUAAUGAAAAUGUUAUUUUUGUUUUUAUUUUCUGUGUGCAUCAUUGAAAUUUGCUCUUCAGUAAACAUAUGGUGUGGUUUAAA